AUGGCCUCAAAACCGGACCGCUUCCCCGGCUUCACAACCGUCACGGACCAAAUCUUCGUCCGCGAAGGAGAAGAGCCGGCCGACGGCGCACAACCGCCGCCGGGCCAACCAAGGGUCGUCGUCAUCUACAGCUGGGGCGACGCCGUCCCGAAGCACGUCGCCAAGUACGCCGACGGCUUCCGCAAGCUCUUCCCCCACGCGAGGCAGAUCGCCGUCCUCGCGCCCAUCCUAAAGGCCCUCGGACAGGACCUCGAGACCCGCGCGAACAACAUGAAGCCCGUCAUUGACCUCGCCUACCCAGACGUCAACACGUCAGCGACGACGACGACGACGACAGCGCCGGACGAAGACGCCGUCCUGCUGCACGUCAUGUCCAACACCGGCGGCAUCAACUACGCCGGCACCCUCUACGCCUACCAGCAGAAAUACGGCCGCCCUAUGCCGCACCGCCUGUCGUCCUACGACUCGACGCCCGGCAGCGUCGUCCUGACGAGGGCCAACCUCCGCCGCUGGUCCCUCGCCAUGACGCUCGGCACGGCCGGCUGGUUCCCCUGGCCCUUCGCCGUGACGCAGUGCAUCAUGGCCGUCUUCCUGCUGCUCAACCAGGCGUUCGAGUACCUCGUCGGCCGCGAGAGCGCGCCCGUCUUCAGCGUCAAGGCCAUCGGCGACCCCAAGUACGUGUCCAAGGGCUCGCGCAAGCUGUACCUGUACAGCAAGGAGGACCCCCUCAUCGGCUGGGAGGACAUUGAGGCGAACAUGGCCGAGUCCAAGGGCCGGGGCUACGCGUACAACUCCGUCAUGUUCGAGGGGACCGGCCACGUCGGGCACAUGCGCGUGUUUCCCGAUCAGUACUGGGGCGCCAUCGCGGCGGCGUGGAGGGAGACGUGA